AUGGUGAGCAAGGUCGUACAGAGUGGUGGCGAUGACGUGUCGGCCAUUGUUGUCGACCCGGGGUUUGACACCCUACGCAUAGGAAACUGUCAAGAGGACUACCCAAGGGAAUAUAUCCCAAGUGCAUUAUGCCGUGGAACGUUGCAAAAUGAGUAUUUGCCCUGGGUACCGCUGAGACGAGUAAGCCCGCCCUCGUUUGUAGAGAUGCGGCAGCUGCUCCAGUAUAACCGCGACGAGAACAUCGAAGUUGAACCGUUCGUAUUUGAAAGGCUGAUUCGUUUGGGAAUCGAAGGCUCGUCUCGAGAGGUAUCUUCCGUGCUGGAAAACGAUGAACUCUUUUCUACAAAAGUGGGUGGUCUAGGGCUAGACGUGCGGCAACAUCCGAUGUUGGUGAGCGAACCCACUGCCGAAUGCAAACAGUUUCGCGACUCGACGCUCGAGAUUCUGUUCGAACAGCUGGACGUUCCAGCUGCCUAUUUGGCUAAGAGAGCAAGCCUCUCUGCAUUUUCUGUUGGAAGACAAUCAGCUUUGGUGGUAGAUAUCGGCGCAGGAGGCUGUAUUGCAUCACCUGUACACGAGGGGAUAUCGCUACAGUCUACCAUAAAAACAUCUCUAGUUGGCGGUAACGCGCUAGAUGUCCAACUCUGUCACAUUUUGUAUGAGAGUGGACACGAUUUUUUUCGCCCUGGUGUAAGUGCAGCGCACGAUUAUCACCGACAAUGGGUUGCACGCGAGAUUCGGGAAUCUUCAUGCUCGCUGACUGCCUCGGAUGCGCAACAGUCGUACCGCCUUCCAGAUGGUGAUACUCUGCAGUUGGACGAGAAGGCACGCGAUGUGCCACGAUUCUUAUUUUCUCCCGAAUCGGCUACUGUCUCUGAAUUCAACAACUUUAAAGGGCUCUAUGGGAUGGUCACAGAUUCGGUGUUCGACACUGACGUCGACAUCCGCCGUGAGUUGCUUUCGUCUAUAGUUGUAGUGGGCGGUGUAAGCCUAACUCCGGGCCUUGUUGACGAGUUGAACAAGCAACUGGCACACGGCACCAUAGGUCGUGCUAGCAAGUUCAAGUUAGUACAUCCGUCGUCUUACAGUGAAGCACGUUAUUCUACGUGGUUAGGAGGCUCUAUUUUGGCUUCUCUAGGUCGGUUUCAGCAACUUUGGAUCUCCAGGGGAGAGUACCGGGAGCAUGGGCUCGACGAGUCUGGCGCACAUUCCAUAGAAUCCAUGGAGGAGACCAGUGAAACUGAAGAAUGGCAUUCGCCGGCAGAGGAAGACGCUGUGGUGAGCGACAAUGUCGCUUCGAGCGACGAGGAGGUCAAUGUGGAGGAGCUGGUGAGCUCUAUCAUGAAAGGCGUGUCGAAAGCCUUUUCCACGGUCACUGCGAAGAAGGAUAGAGGUGUAGGUCGAGACAGUGACUUUAGAUUAUACUUGCAGACCAUUAAGACAGAACCAUCGGAUGCCCAACCGGUUACAAAACGCACCAGUAGUGUGUCCAUCCGAGCCAUUCCUGACGAGGCGUCGGAGAUCGAAGAGCGACGCUACAAAAAGAUCGCUAACAAUGGAGGUAGGUGUCAUAACGUACAGAUAGGUUGA